UCCUAGUUUAUUGGAUUUCAAUAAAUCCGAUCAAAAUAUUGACCUUAACUACAUGUGUACCAUGACAGGAACAAAUAUUGUGCAGUUUAAAUAUUAAUGAAAGGCUUCAUUGUAACUUUAAAACCUUUUGAAUAUAAACUAGUGUAAACAAGAAAAAAUGCUUAAUGAUCUUAGUUAUUGAAAUGAAACCAUCCGGAUGGCUUAGUAUAUAAUUUUGGGAAUAUUUCACAAUAUACUUUGUGACGUGUUUGGAUUUUAAAUAUCAGUUGAAGCCAGAUGAAGCUAGCGAGGCAGCGGAAGUCAGGGUUGCCGGCGCAAGCGGCGGCGGGGGAAGAUGGAGAUUUUGUACAGCUCCGAAUCGUCCGCGAGAGAAGAAAACCCCUCCUGGAAAUGAAGAGGCGACAGCAGGAGAAUGAACUCAAGGGUCACGCUAAGAAGGAUACAGCGGAUCCUGUGGACGGAGUCAUCGUCGAGGAGCACCAGAUGCUAUCCCGCGAUCCACCAAAGCCCCGCCCAAACACGGCUGCCCGUGUACGAGCCAAUGAGGAGGUCAGAGAUCAGCUGUUUGAUACGGCGGACGGCGGCGAUUUUAGUCAGCUACAAGCCAUAAUGAGUAAAAUUGGCUCACUAGAACAAGUUAACAAAUUACGACACCCGAAAACCGAUGAAAACAUUCUCCACUAUGCGCUAUCUAAUGAUAAAAAACAGCUGGCCAUGAAACUUAUGAACAGUUGCACGCCAACAUUUCUACUAUCACAUCACACCGUCAACCGUUCAGGCAUCAGCGGCAAAAACAACUCUUUGCAUAUCAUUACUGAGAAAAAUGACAUAGAAAUGGCAAAAUUCCUGCUAUCAAAAUUGGAAACAAAAGAACGAAAGUUGGAAGCCAUGCACUUAGAGACGGCGGUGGAUAUCCAAGGUCAAAGACCUAGAUUGUUUUCUUGUUUGCAUUUAGCAGCAUAUUACGGGAAUACUAGCUUAGUUCGGUUGUACCUAGACAACGGAGUAGAUGUCAACCACCUCAAUGGCAAGAAAGACACAGCCUUACUAUGGGCAGCGAGAUGGGGUCACAAUGAAGCGGUCCAUCUUCUGAUUGACAGGGGAGCAAACACGGAAGUUAAAAAUGACAAAGGAUCAACAGCACUGUAUUGGGCUAUCCGCUACGAAUUUCCAAAAACGGUGUCCAUUCUUCUCGAGAAAGGCAAAGCAAACCCAAACACUGAACGAAAACUUGGUCUGGUAGCUCCCAUUGUUAUUGCUGCGGCUUAUGGCAACGAGGAAAUUAUGUCAAUACUUCUUCAGCACCCAGAUAUUAACAUCGACGUCAGCAUUCGAGGUGGUGAAAUGGCUGUACAUCAUGCCGCCAUGGAAGGCUGCGGUAAAAUACUGGAAAUGCUCAUAAAUAGAGGUGCCAAAUUUGACGCUCAGGACGAAACUGGUGAUACACCUUUGUUGCUUGCAGCGAAAAGUGGACAUUAUGAAAUAGUGCAGGAUCUGAUAAGAAAAGGAGCAAACGUCAACCAUAGGAACCACGAAGGUCACGACGCUUGGUAUUAUGCCAUAGAAGAUGAAGAAGAUAAUUCGCUGUUGCAAAACUUAGUAAUAGCGACAAGGGGGCAGGAUAUGCUUUGGAGGCAUCCCCUUUGCAUAGCAGCCGCAAAUGGUAGAGCGGAUAAAGUGCAGUUUUUGCUUAAAAUAAACACGGAACCGAUGAGUGCCGACGCAGAUGGCAACACAUUUUUGCACCAUGCUGCUAUGAACGAUAAAUUCGAGAUCAUUGAGCAGUUUAAUAGCACUAUUUCAAUAAAUGUUCAAAACAACCGAGGAAACACGCCAUUGCAUAUUGCUUGCUACAGAGGAUUUGCAAAAACUGUUAAUGUACUUAUACAAUGCAAAGCAAAAGCUGAUGUGAAAAACAAUAAGGGCGAAACUGCAUUGCACGUUGCAGGUCAUUCAAAGCAUAUAUCAGCAGAAACAGUAAGGGAACUCGUAGAAUAUACCAUUAAAACACAUGCCUGGGAAAGCCUAAAUGCAAAGGACUUGGAAGGAAAUAAUGCCUUACACAUUGCAGGGAAGCAUGCAAAACCUGAAGUCUUAUGGGAGUUCCGAUUUGUGCGAUUUAAAGACCGUGAUAAAGAUGGCCUUAUUCCUUUGCACGAAGCUGUGCGACCGGGUCAACCUGAAGCUCUUGAAAUGAUGUUGGAUAUUUUUGAACGCAUGAAGCGUGAUGCUCGUAUUAACGAAAAAUCUUAUAAAAAAGGCGAAACUGUACUUCAUUUGGCAGCAGACGAAGGGCAUUCGAAGUGCGUGAAAAGGUUAAUUGCUCUCGGUGCGGAUCUCGCAGUCCAGGACUUCAAUGGAGAUACCGUUUUGCACAGACUUACAAAGGCAUGCGUUGAAAACAACAGAGACAGCAAUCGGCAUCUCGAAGUCAUGGAUGUGGUGUUUGAAAACAGCGUGAAAUGGUGGUGCAUCAAGAAAAAUAUCCCAUUUCCCGAAGAAGAAAACCAAGAAAUGUUGAUGUCACACAAAAGGGAUGCCACACUUUAUCUGAUAAAUGAUAUUUGUAACAAGGAAGGUCUUUCAGUGAUUGAUCAGGGGUUCAAAUCCGGGGUUUCACACGUUCUUUCACGUCUUCUCAUGAUGCCAAAUGUUACGAUGUAUGAAACAUCAGAUCCAUUUUCAUACACAUUUGAUGUAACCGGCUUAACUCCGAGAACAAACAACGCAUUACAAGGAUGUUGUGGAAGAAAUACUAGCAUCGCACCAUUAACAGAAAAGGACAUGUUAAGCAACACAAGUGAAUCACGUCUGUCUGGUGUGGAAUGGUUAAUCACUCACACAGCAAAAUCAAGAGCAGCUGAAAUUCUUGAUCUUCCUCCAAUUCGAGUGAUUGAAAAAUAUUACACAUCAAUGGUUGCAUGGACAUUUGCUUGCAUGAUGCUUGUCCACAUCGUUUACAUGAGUAUGUUAACAUAUGUUGGGAUAAAUCUGCUUGAAAAACUGAGAGUAAAUGAAGAAGCAAUAAACUCCUCUGAUCAAGAAACAAUACUGCUUUACGCAGUUAUUCCCAUUGAGCCAGCCCUCAUUGUGAUCUAUGUUAUGUCAAGUACGCUGCGAUAUUUCUUGACGGGUGAUAUAGACAGGCGAUCCAAAAUGAGCACAAAGAAAGGAUUUAGAAGAGUUGUGUCAAUUAUUGCCUCUUAUAUGUUCCUUAUAAUUUGCUUGAUUUUUUCUGGACUUGUUUUUGCGUGGAUCGGACUUUUUACCAGUAGAUAUUCUUACAAUGACUAUGUCUUUGCCGCUGCUGUUUGCAUCGGAUGGUUGCUGACCAUAUCGUUUACGCGUGGAAUUCGUGCAAUUCACUACUUUUAUCGUUUGCUGAUCAGCAUGAUUAUCAGGGAUGUCGUACGAUUUGUUAUUGUUUACCUCUUCGUGAUACUUGCGUUUGGCUUUGCCUUCCAUGCAAUAUUCCAGGUUUCUGCUGAAACAGUGGAGUCGUAUGGUUCAAUUUUCGAUACAUUAUUCCUGACAUUUAACAUGAUGAUUGGAAUGGGAGAACUUUUUGAUGGCACCUUCGAAUCAAACAUGGCUAUCGUUGGACGCUCUGCGACUUAUGCAAAAAUACUCUACCUUAUCUAUAUCAUUCUUUCAACAAUUAUCUUAUUGAACUUGCUCAUUGCAAUGAUGAAUGAUUCCUACUCGAGGAUAUUGAAGGAGAAUCAGAUAGCGUGGAGGAUUGAAUCUGUUAGUAUGGGUUUGGAAAUGGAGUCAUCAAUCGCACGAGCAAGGUCGUUUUCCAACGUAAAAAUCAACAAAGGAGACGUGGAUAGCAUUGUGCAGGGUAUUUCAUCGGAGAGAUGGUAUGUUGCAAUAAAAGAAAAAGAGUACAGAGAACGGAUGCGGGAGAAUGACCAUAAAUAUACCACGUAUGAAGAUGAGGUCAGCAAGCGUCUAGAUGACGUCGACACUCGUGUGGAAGAAUUGGAGAAAACGAUAAGCACGAAAUUGCAACACAUAACUAAUCUGCUUGAACAGAUUAAAAAGAAGUGAUAUUUUUAGAUAUCCGAUACUCAAUUUUGUGAAUUUUGGAUGCCUGGUGACUAUAUUCAAUUCGAUUUUUAUUAAAACAAAAACAGUAUUUUUUUUAUAGCAAAUACAUAAUAGAAAUACACGUGCAAGGCAUGGAUUUAGAUAUCAAUUGUUUUAACAAAUGAGCAGAACAUGUUUUAUGGAUACAAACUUUGAAAUAUUUACUAGUUUCUUAAGAUAUAUGCAAAAUGUUUAAAUUUUGAUAAAUGAACUAGAGAUUUAUUUGAAUUUUUAACAAAUUAGUUAAUAUUUGCUUUGUUGGCCAAGUGUAGUAAUAACUUUUAUAUAUUUGGCUCUUAAGCCUGCAUAUAUCAUGCAUAUUAGUAAAAAUAUGUAUUCACUUUCAAUCAUUCUUUGGUUGCAGUAUAUAUGCAUCUUUGAAAUCUUGAUAAAUUUACGAAUCUACCACGUUCAAUUUGUAGAAUAUGUGAUGAUGUCCUAAAUUUAGACAUUGCUUCUUUGAGUUUUGAUUCUUUUACAACCUUUAGGAAGAUUUCUAUGAGAAAUAUAUGUUUAAAUAGACAAUAUGUUUCCAGGCGUCCGGAGUUAUGUAUGGACAAUCUUAUAUUGGUUUCAUCUGAUAUAGUUUUAUGUAUAGAACAAAAGAAUAUGUAAAUGCUUUUUUACAAACAAGCUUUAUAUGGUUUAAGACGGUUGUUAUUUAGCCGAUCAUUAUAUUGCAAAGAAGCUGUAUAUGGCCGUGAACGACUGUAAUUCAGCAAAACAUUAAAACAAAAAGAAACUAUGCUAUGCCUUAAACAACAGUAAUUUAGCCAAUAUUAAAAACAAAAACACGCUGUACUUGGCAUUGAACGGUUGAAAAUUAGCCAAACAUAAUAACAAAAAACAAGCUUUGCUUGGCCUUGAACGGUUGAAAUUUAGCCGAUCAUUAUAACAAAAACAAGAUUUUAUUGGCCUUGAACGGUUGUAAUUUAGCCAAAUCUUAUAAAAAAAGAGCUUUAUUUGGCCUCGAAUGAUUGUAACUAAGACAAUUCACGUACGAUCUCGAUUAAGAAAAAGAACAGCACUAACUAUGAUCAUAACAUCUAUACUAUCUUUUCCGUCAAUUAGUUAACAUAUCAGUAACCAGCAAUCAAUACUCUUCAACAUAAUAUGGGGGUAACCAGUGACUCGAUUAAGAUAUCAGUUGAAUUUUACAUCUGAUACCUCAGUCCUGAAACUUAAUGUUACUUACGUUUUCAAUAUAUUAUACGUUGUUACUUUUUAAAGGGACUGUCUUACAGAUGAUAAAAUAGCGAAAAAACAAUAAAAUUGUCGGAUAAUGACAUAAACUUGGCAUCGAUGUGUACAAUGCAUUAAAACUUACUAAUUGAAGUACCACAUAGUUUACAAUUUAUUUAAGUUUAGCAGUUAUUUCGUAUGUUUCCAUUAAAAAGGAUUACUGGGUAUGUCUACCUGGUAGUAUUAAUUCCUUAUGCGUGAUUGGCUAGUCGGUGUUAUCACGUGAUAUUACCGAGGUAGGCUUAUAGCUUAAUUAUGUCACCCGUUCAGUGUAAACCUUGAUAGCUCAGUAGGGAAGACGCUGGUUUUUAAUUUUGGCGACGCGGGUUCGAACCCGGUAAGAUUCGUUAUAGAAAAAAUAAUUUGGUGCAAAUCUGUGAGACAGUCCCUUUAAAGGAGGUUUUAUUAUAUGUUUUUUUCAUUGGUUCAUAAAGAUUUAUCAGUGUAAUAAAAUUGAUAUUGCCCUGUUUGAAACAAUGGAAAUAUCAAAUUGAUAUUUCCAUUGUAUUAAAUGUUAAUCCACUCUCAGUUCCAAAUCAAGCGUCAGCGCGCACAGGGCUUGGACACUAUUUUAACGAUGUAAAAAAUUCCGAAAUAACAAUACUUGCGCAUACCAAUAAACGCGUUUAUUUCUAAGAAUGUGUACUUAGAUACAUUUUAACCACAAUUUAAGGCAUAUGAUAAAAAUGUUGGUUUCAAUUUAAGAUAGCAAUAUAUUUCAUCUCGUGAAAACCAAAAGUGAUUAUUUCGCUCGUGAAUUAUAUCCUUUGGUGUUCACUCGGUGAAAUAUAUAACGAUCUUUCACUGAUCCAAAAAUCCAGUAAUAAAAUCCUUUCGCAUUUUCAUAUAUACCUUCUAUUGCAUUGCAAUAACACAUUUUGUUGUCCAUGAAUUCAUGAGAGUACUAAUUUGAUUGUGAUAUCAUUACAGUGCCAUAUAUGUAUUGCUCAACGUUUUAUGCCUUGAAAGUACAAACAAGAUAUUUUAAUUUAUAUUUUACGUAUCAAUUUCAGUAUUAAUAAACUAUAUUUGUA